GACAUGGCCGAGCUGCUGUUGGGGGAGGCCGGGCUGGAGCAAUACUUAAAGGAGAACCCCAUCAAGCAAGGAGCUAGCCCCCACGGGCCCCGGCAGAAGCUGACCGAAGUCCGCAAACACCUGACAGCCGCCCUGGACAGAGGGAACCUCAAGUCGGAGUUCAUGCAGGAAGCCAACCUGAUCAUGGCCAAGCUGAACUACAUGGAAGGCGAGUAUAAGGAAGCGCUCCGGAUCUAUGCCUGGGUGGGGCUAGAUGACAUCCCGCUGGUGGCCGCGCCUCCUUAUAAGCUGCGCAUGGUUGCCGAAGCUUUCUCCACCAAAGGUCUGUGUCUGGAAAAGCUGCCAACAUCUUCUUCUAUGAACAGCCUCCAUGUGGACCGGGACCCAGAAAUCAUCAACUGCUACGAGAAGGCCGGAGACAUCGCCCUCCUCUAUCUGCAGGAGGUGGAGAGGGCCCAAGCCGCAAACAUCCAGAAUCGGAGUCCUAAGCCGGGGCCGGCUGCUCCCGACCAGGAGAUCAGCUUCUUUCUCGAGACCGGGCUGCAGAGGGCUCAUGUGCUCUACUUCAAGAACGGGAACCUGACACGAGGAGUCGGCCGAUUCCGGGAAAUUCUGAGGGCCGUAGAGACCAGAACCACCCAGAACCUGAGGAUGACGAUCGCCCGGCAGCUGGCAGAGAUUCUCCUGCGAGGGAUGUGUGAGCAGAGUUACUGGAAUCCAUUUCAACAGCCGCCCAAUCAGUCACCCUUAGACGACCCGCUGCAUCAAGGCUACAACACAAAGAGCUAUGCACUGAGCCGGAGGCCCUGGAUCUAUACGGGGGAGAGCAUUUUCUGCCCCCAGGAGAACACGGAAGAGGCCCUGUUGCUGCUGCUGAUCAGUGAAUCCAUGGCCAACAGAGACGCGGUUCUCAGUCGGAUCCCGGAGCAUAAAAAUGAUCGGAUUAUCAGUCUGCAGAGCGCGUCCGUGGUCUAUGACCUCCUGACGAUCGCGCUGGGGAGGAGGGGCCAGUAUGAAAUGCUGUCGGAGUGCUUGGAGCGCGCCAUGAAGUUUGCUUUUGAAGAAUUUCACCUCUGGUACCAGUUUGCGCUCUCCCUGAUGGCUUCAGGAAAGUCUGCCAGAGCUGUAAAAGUUCUAAGAGAAUGUAUUCGCCUCAAGCCAGAAGAUGCCACCAUCCCCCUCCUCGCUGCCAAGCUGUGCAUGGGAUCCUUACACUGGAUGGACGAAGCUGAACGGUUUGCCAAAUUGGUUGUUGACUGCAGUGAAAAGAGCCCUGAAUUUAAAGCCAAAGGUUACCUAGCCCUCGGACUCACCUACAGUUUACAAGCAUCGGAUGCGUCUCUGCGUGGGAUGCAGGAGGAUCUACAGAGGAAAGCCCUCCUCGCCUUUCAGAGGGCUCACAGCUUGUCGCCAACAGACCAUCAGGCCGCGUUCUACCUCGCUCUGCAGUUGGCGAUCUCUCGGCAGAUCCCGGAGGCUCUGGGUUAUGUGCGACAGGCCCUCCAGCUGCAGGGCGAUGACUCCAAUUGCCUCCACUUGUUGGCACUGCUGCUUUCCGCUCAGAAACACUACCACGAUGCCCUGAAUAUCAUGGACAUGGCGCUCAGUGAAUACCCCGAGAAUUUCAUAUUACUAUUCACCAAGGUGAAACUGGAAUCUCUUUGUCGGGGGCCCGAUGAGGCAUUGCUGAGCUGUAAACAUAUGCUGCAGAUCUGGAAGUCUUGCUACAACCUCACCAACCCCAGUGACUCGGGACGGGGCAGCAGCUUACUAGAUAGAGCCAUUGCUGACCGCCGACAGCUGAACAACAUAACUCUGCCAGACUUCAGUGACCCCGAGACAGCGUUUGAAGGCCGCUCUCCAGACAUGCCCUUCUCUCAUGGUUUUGACUCCAUGUUUUCUGUUUGUUCCAUCCACGCAACAUCUAUUGCGGCAUCCCGUGUUGAACAGGCGUUGUCCGAGGUGGCCUCCUCUCUGCAGAGCAGCGCCCCAAAGCAAGGCCCCCUCCACCCCUGGAUGACUCUGGCACAAAUCUGGCUUCAUGCAGCGGAGGUGUACAUCGGCAUAGGCAAACCAUCGGAGGCCACCGCCUGCAUCCAGGAAGCCGCUAACCUGUUCCCCAUGUCACACAAUGUGCUCUAUAUGAGAGGUCAGGUGUCCGAGCUGCGGGGAAACAUCGACGAUGCCAAGAGAUGGUAUGAAGAGGCCCUGUCUAUCAGCCCCACACAUGUGAAGAGCAUGCAGAGACUGAGUCUCAUCCUCCACCACUUGGGCCGGUACAGCCUGGCAGAGAAGAUCCUGAGAGACGCCGUCCAGGUGAACUCCACGGCCCAUGAAGUGUGGAACAGCCUGGGGGAGGUGCUGCAGGCUCAGGGGAAUGACGAUUCCGCUACGGAAUGCUUCCUGACCGCCCUGGAACUGGAGGCCAGCAGCCCCAUCGUCCCCUUCACCAUCAUCCCCCGCGUCCUGUGAGGGCAACUACAAUGCCAAUCACACCCCA